AUGCCUUCCAGAGAAGCAUUCAACUCGUAUAGCAACCCCAAUGCCACGGCUUAUGCGAACAGAAGGAAAGAAAGCAGGCGGCACCCUAGGGAAAGCAGUAGAGACCCCUCCAAGAAUAGGGCUUGGACUGAGGAUCCUCCUGCACCACUAUCUUCCAAGGACACGACUCCUCAUCCAGCUUCCGUCGACCCGACUCCCCCAGCUCCCGUUGACCCAACUCCUCCAACUCCUCACAACCAAACUCCUCCAGCUCAGCCAGGAAAUACUAAGCCCGAGGCUAUCCUUAACACAGCCUACAACUCGACCAAUGACAAGCUGAAGAGACUAUCAAGACACCGACGCAGUCAGGAAGCCUUCACCAACGUCUCCUCCAUGAAGGUCGACAAAAUUUUCAGCCGCGCGCUGAAUGAAGUACUCAGUGUAAAGGAGAUGGUUGCCAAGCAUGCUAAAGAGAUUAAGAUUGUCAAGGAAAGACUCACCGAGCAGCCCAAGGCGGCCGAGGCCAGACACGCUGAGCAGCUCAAGGCGAUCGAGGCUAAUCAUGUCGAGCAGCUAAGAGAGACUGAGGAGAAAAAUGCCAAACUGGGCGAGGAGCUGAAGCAACACAAGGAGGCCUUGGCCAAAGCCACUGAGAAAAGUAACCCCGAGGCAAACUUUGAUUAUUUACCAAAGCAUAUGAAGCAGGCUGAGCUGGCAAAAUGCAUUGCUCUCCUGGAAGAAGAGGAGAAGGCUCAGGGAUCCCCUGAGAUCUCUUUGGCGACAGGCAUUGAAGGCGUCGACGAGGAUGUUGGGGCCUCAGUCAACCAACAGCCCAAGCAAGAUCCUCCAGCUACUCCUACCACUCAAUAA